UGUGUGCUAUUUGAAACAUCAGAGAGUGUGGCACAGUCAGCCGAUCAUUAAUGGCACUGCUCCUGGUAAUGUGUUGUUGGCUGGUGCUAUUUUGUUCAGUGGUGCCAGCCCCACAAAAAUAUUGUGCCUGCUGAGCUCGGUAAACAUUCAGGUGUUUGCGAACAGCACCUACGAAGUAUAUCAGUAUGGCUGCCUACUCCCUGCUAUAGGAAAAGUAAGUGGAAAUAAGUCUGUAGACGACAGCAAAAAAUUGCAGAGUAUCAUAUUUGCAGAUAUGGACUGUUCAGCAAAAUGAACUGGUGGAGUCCUGCAAAGGCCACAGCCUUCAUCUUCUAGGCGAUGGAAGGUGCGACUCACCAGGCCAUUCGGUAAAGUACCUUACAUAUACCUUCAUGGAUGCCGACUCUUCGAAGGUCCUUCACUUCACGCAGGUGCAAGUGGGUGAUUCACCAGACACAAGAACAAGCCCAGAGAUGGAGAAGGCGGGCUUUGUUAGAGGGCUGAGUGCAAUAAGAAGCCAACAGCUCACAGUUGCAGCAAUUACCACAGACCGCCAUGUGGGUAUCCGGAAACACGUUCGGGAACAAGAGAGUGGCCUGGAGCACGAGCUGGACAGCUGGCACGUUGUAAAAGGGGUUCGAAAGAAACUUCAGCCUCUUGCCAAGAAAGCGGACUGCAACAUACUGCAAGGUUGGAUACAGCCGAUAUGUAACCACCUGUAUUUCAGUGUGUGCAUGUCGGAGAAUGACAAAGCUCUUUGGCUGAACAUCUAG